CUUAUUUCCUACUGGGGCUAUCUUUAUGAAAAAUAUGAUGUUGUGACAAAAGAUGGUUAUAUCCUCGGAAUUUACAGGAUUCCUCAUGGAAGAGCAUAUCCAAGAACAGAUGCUGGUUAUGAUGUAUGGAUGGGGAACAGCUGGGGAAACACCUGGUCCAGACAACACGUGAAAUUGUCAACCAUGUCACCAGAAUACCGGGCCUUCAGUUUGGAUGAGAUGGCUAAAUAUGACCUUCCAGCCACAAUCAAUUUUAUCAUAGAGAAAACUGGACAGGAGCGACUCUACUAUGUGGGCCACUCUCAAGGCACCACCACUGCUUUCAUAGCAUUCUCUACUAAUCCAGAGCUGGCUAAAAGGAUUAAGAUAUUUUUUGCAUUGGCUCCAGUCACCACUGUGAAAUACACCCAAAGUCCUAUGAAAAAAUUAACAACUCUUUCCAGAAAAAUAAUCAAGAUGUUGUUUGGUGACAAGGUGUUCUAUGCUCACACAUUUUUUGACCAAUUCAUUACCACCAAGGUGUGCAAGCAGAAGAUAUUUCAUCAUAUUUGCAGCAACUUUCUAUUUACUUGGAGUGGAUAUGACCCAAAAAACUUAAACAUGAGUCGCUUAGACGUUUAUUUGUCACAAAGCCCUGAGGGAACAUCUGUUCAGAAUAUGCUGCACUGGGCCCAGGCUGUUAAUUCUGGUCAGUUCCAAGCUUUUGAUUGGGGAAACCCUGAUCAGAACAUGAUGCACUUCCACCAGCUUACACCUCCCCUAUACAACGUUUCUAAGAUGGAAGUUCCAACAGCAGUGUGGAGCGGUGGACAGGACCCUGUGGCUGAUCUCAAAGAUGUUGGGAAUUUACUCCCUAAAAUUACCAGGCUUAUCUAUUUCAAGUUAAUUCCACACUACAAUCAUGUGGAUUUUUACCUUGGGCAGGAUGCACCCUAUGAAGUUUACCAAGACCUAAUUAGAUUGAUGGAGGAAUAUUUGCAAAAUUAA